UCAGGGCUCGAGCAUUCACUCGUCUCACCGGUCACGGACAGGGGCCGGCCGCCGCAGGGCUCCCUUGACCCGUUGUUGCCCUGGCGCUGGCGCCACUGCCACCACCUGCGUCUGCGUCUCGCUGCGCAUAAAGCAGCACCGUCCCGGCCCGCGAAUCUCUCCACCCUCGACGCCGGCUGGAGGGGUCAAAUCUUGCAAGUACAUCCAUCGCCCACCACAGUGUCGCGCCCACUGCCGCAGAGCGCCGCAGCGUACGUCCUCGCCGGAGAAGGGAAGGAACAUGGAUAACGACGCCGGCGUGAUCCCAUCCUCGCCCUCCGCCGACACUUCCUCCUCCUCCUCCGACAUCGACACCGAGUCCACAUGCUCGUUCUUCCGGGACCGGAGCACGACGCUGGGGACGCUCAUGGGCGUGUCCCUGGCCGACGGGGAGGACCGGCCCCCGGAGACGCAGCAGGCGACGGACGAGCAGGAGAGGCCCCGCGCGCCGGCGCCGGGGGAGGAGGGCUGGACGUGGCGUCGGAGGUGGAGGCCGCGGCGCGGCGCCAGCUGGUGGCGGCUGUGCAGGGACGACGUCGGCGGCACGACAUCGCUGGCCCACUUCCUGCACAUGGAGAGGCAGCUCUCCGGCGACGGCGGGGAGGUGACGGUGCCGCUGUUCGAGAACGGGAGGGUGCUGCCGUCGUCGUCCGCGACGGCUGCCGCGGUCGUGGAGGAUCAGAGGGUCAAGUGGAAGCUGCGGAGGUCCGCCCAGGGGUCUUUAUCGCUGGCCAGGCUGCCGGUGCUGCUCACCGGCAUCUGCAGCGGCGGAGCCUGACGAUUGAGUGGGAAUGGCUUCAGCGGUGCACGCCGGAUUAACUUUUAUUCGUCUUCUGUCAUUUCGCCUGCUCCAUUUUUCUCCUCAAUUUUUACACGCUGAUGCAACUGAUGAGCCAUGAUUGUACUGGGAGUUGACUCGGGCUCUCUUCUUACGUGAUGAAUGAAUGGAAUUGCUGCA